AUGGAUACCAAGCGCUGUUUCGCUAACCGCUUCGAUGACUACCAGGGUAGCCUGCUGGUGGGCCAGUGCGAGGAGGCUGUGGCGCCCUUGGUCACCUCUACCAUCGAACGCAUCCUUCAGGAGCUGCCCCCUCUGGGGGGCGGCGCUGAAGCCCGAGGGGCGACGGCCGCGGGCAGCAGCUGCCAGGGGGGUCUGUACAGCGGAGUGGCCGGGGUGGCCUACAUGCUCUACCACGUUUCACAGAGCCCGCUAUUCGCCGCCGCCCGAGAGCGCUACCUGCGCUCCGCCAAGCGCCUCAUCGACGCGUGCUCCCGCGCAGAGGAGUGGGGCGAGCCGGACGCGGACACCCGCGCCGCCUUUCUACUCGGGGGAGCGGGCGUGCACGCGGUGGCCACGCUCGUGUACCACGCCCUGGGCCGCUCCGACUAUGUGCAGCCCCUCGGCAAGUUCCGGGCUCUGUGCGCUGUUUGCGCGCCUGUCUCCUUCCUAGAGUGCGGCUCCGACGAGCUGUUCGUGGGCCGCGCUGGCUACCUGUGCGCCGCGCUGGUGCUCAAGCAGAAACUCGCUCAGGAGGUACUAACCCCAGCACAAAUUAAAUCAAUAUGUCAGGCAAUUCUGGACUCAGGGAAGCAGUAUGCGUUGAAGAAGAGGAAACCAUUCCCCCUGAUGUAUUCCUACUAUGGAACCGAAUACUUGGGGGCAGCUCAUGGCCUGUCAUCCAUACUCCAGAUGCUGCUUUCUUACCAUGAACAUCUCAAGCCUUCAGACCGUGAGCUGGUGUGGCAGAGUGUGGACUUCCUCAUGGAACAGGAGCAGAAUUGCAACUGGCCACCCGAGCUUGGAGAGACCAUCGAGAGAGAGAACGAACUGGUCCACUGGUGCCACGGUGCUCCAGGAAUUGCUUAUCUGUUUGCCAAAGCUUAUCUCGUUUCCAAGAAACCACAGUACCUGGACACUUGUAUUCGGUGUGGGGAGCUAACAUGGCAGAAAGGCCUGCUGAAGAAGGGGCCAGGGAUUUGCCACGGGGUAGCUGGCAGUGCCUAUGUCUUCCUUCUGCUGUACCGUCUUACAGGAAACUCGAAAUACAUCUACCGUGCCCAAAGGUUUGCUCAGUUCUUAUUUACUGAAGAAUUCAAAGCUGGUUCACGGGUUCUGGAAAGCAUAUACAGCUUGUAUGAAGGCUUCUCUGGGACUGUUUGCUUUCUCAUUGAUUUACUGCAGCCCAAUCAGGCUGAAUUCCCUCUCUUCAGCGUCUUUGUUUAA